AUGGCACCUUUUAUUGAUUUGAGAGAAUCGCAAGUUGGAAAUAACCCAAUAAAGAAUUUCAACAAAGUAAAUGGGUCAAUGGAACUCAAUGAAGAAUUUCAACGAAGUCAAUGGAUCAAUGAAAAAUUUCAACGAAGUCAAUAG